AGAUAUAUUUGUCCAGAUCCUACUAUUUUGAUUGUAGAUACUACUAAAUAGGCAAUCAUGGAAACAGCUGAUGAAGCUCGAAACCAGGGUUCAAGUGUAAGCAUUUUAGAGAAAAAUCCUAGAGUUGUUUUUGUAUUAGGUGGCCCAGGCAGUGGGAAAGGAACACAAUGUACAAACAUUGCCAAACUGUUUGGUUAUACUCACCUCAGUGCUGGAGAUCUUCUGCGAGCAGAGUCCGAAUCUGAUUCGGAAAAUGGAAUAAUGAUAAAGAAUGUGAUGAAAGAAGGGAAAAUUGUUCCUUCAGAGGUGACAGUGAAGCUUCUGCAACAAGCAAUGUGGAAAAUUGGCAAGGACAAAUUUCUCAUUGAUGGCUUUCCUCGUAACGACGAAAAUCGAGCAGCAUUUGAGAAUGUGACUGGAAUAGAGCCAGCUUUUGUUCUGUAUUUCGAUUGUCCCGUGGAAGAGAUGGAGCGACGUCUUCUUAAUAGGAACCAAGCAAGAGAGGAUGACAAGAUUGAAACAAUAAAGAAGCGAUUUAAGGUUUUCUUGGAGUCUAAUCCACCCGUAAUUUCUUAUUAUAGCGAGAAAGGAAAAGUUCGCAAGAUUGAUGCAGCAAGGUCGAUUGAUCAGGUUUUUGAGUCAGUCAAGACAAUUUUCGAAGCACAAGACUAGAUGGUAAAACCAUUAUUUUAGAUGCAAAAAUUUGGUUACUGAAAAGAAGCUUCGCAAAUCAAUAAUAUAAUUUUAUUGGAAGUCUCUUGUGUGUUAGGAAUAAAGUUUGCUUUUGAAUUCAUUAAAAUUGACAACAGGAUACACAUGUGAUCAGCAAGGUGGUGGGUGUCGGAUACAGAAAGAAAAUGCAGGAUGAUAGUGCCCUGAGAGUGAAAUUAUUAUUGCUAAGAAUUCGCACAAUUGAUCAAUGAUGAA